CGACACCCGGCGCCUCAACGCGAAGCCGCAGGACCUGACGGACGCGUACGGGCCGCCCAGCAACUUCCUGGAGAUCGACAUCUUCAACCCGCAGACCGUGGGCAUGGGCCGCGCCAGAUACACCAGCUACGAGCUCCGCAUGCGGACAAACCUCCCCAUCUUCAAAUUGAAGGAGUCGUGCGUGAGGAGAAGAUACAGUGACUUUGAAUGGCUGAAGAACGAGCUGGAGCGAGACAGCAAGAUUGUAGUGCCACCGCUGCCUGGCAAAGCUUUGAAACGGCAGCUUCCCUUCCGAGGAGACGAAGGCAUCUUUGAGGAGUCCUUCAUUGAGGAGCGGAGACAAGGACUAGAACAAUUUAUUAACAAAAUUGCUGGACACCCCCUGGCACAGAACGAGCGCUGCUUACACAUGUUCCUGCAAGAGGAGACUAUCGAUAGGAAUUACGUCCCAGGAAAAGUGCGCCAGUAGGAGCACCUGGCACUGUCUUCCUCCAUUCCACCCUCCCUCCUGCAAAAAUGACAUUUAUUUUUACACUAAAUCUGUCUCUUCUGAACCAGCUUUUCCUCUCUCGAGCCUCCCAGUUUGUUCAGUAUUUUCCUCUUCUGUAGCUGGCAGCAGUCUGUUCUGCUGGGCUCUGCUCCUGGCCCAGAGGUAUGAAGAUUGAUGGCAGUGAGCGUGUGGUGCUGCGCCUGGCGGCAGGCGCCUCGGGUCGGAGCAGGAACUCGCUUGUGGCGCUGCGCUGUGUGAGCUGCCCGUGUCCCCGCGCAGAAAGGUGUGAGGUGACCUUGCUCCCUGCCCACGCAGCCCCCGCGGGCCGCGCCGGGGAACAGCACUGGUCGCGUUGCUCAGAGGUGGCCCCGAGCGUUAGCGUUGCAGCGAGGCUUGUCCAGAGCAGCGAGUUCUUGGCCCCGCGUCCGCCCCGCAUGAGCCCCUCGUUGUGCACGGUGUGGCGGUGCCAUCCAUGCCGCGGAGCCCCCUGCUCCCCGCUUGCGGAGGAGGAAGAGGAUGGUCUGAGGAAGAGCAGCGGGGGGGACGGUGCCCAGCCCCGCAGUGAGGCUGCCUCUCCCGAAGGGGCUGGUGGCAGCGCGAGGUCAGCGCUGGAUUAGGCGCUCGCUUACGAAACGGGAUAAGGGCCGAUGAUCCUCUCGCCCGCGCUGCCACCAGCCAGGCCGUUGCGCCCACAGGAGACCCCAGGCCAGUCCAGGAACUGUGGGGAGCUGGAGAGGGACCCUGGGCUGUGCCCUGCUGCCCUUUGGAGACCCCUGUG